AUGAUUACCCUCUCCACACUGGCAACCACUGGCUCGGCACACUCGUGUCACAAGCUCACCAUCAAGCUCGGCCCCGAUCCACCUCCCAGCCACCUAAACUAUGCCGACAUUACUCGUUGGCCUCCCAUUCUCUCGCGCCCCGUCACGUUUGCUUCACUUCAACGCGAUCUGGACGCCCUGUGUGCGCGCACUGACAGUCUGGAUCAUUCCAACGUCUAUUCCUUGCCCUCUGAGCGCCCCAGUCCCCACUUUGUGCUCGUCGCCGCCAUUCCCGGCCUAGUCUUGAUCGAGCCAGCAUCUCGUCGCGUCAUACCCGGUCUGGCCUUUUGCCUGGCACUGGCCGUGCGUCUCGCCACAUGGAACAGACCCGUCCCCGAGCUGGGCAUUUUCCAGUGCGACUUGCCCCCGCCUCUCUACAGUGGACCAUCCAACAUCACGCUCGCACACGCCAUGUUGCGCAUGCCAUUUGCCCGCCAAGACGUCGUGGCCAUUCUCGAUGCGCCCGAAGCACUGGUUACAGACUUGAGGGCAGCGAGCCUGCUCGGUGCCAGCUUGCCCAUUGGUCUGGUUCCUCCCGUCAAGGGUGCCCUCGGCAUCUUGGGUGACCCAGCGCCCCUCGACCAAGACAUGAUUCAAGACUUGCUCAGCCUGGUCGGUCCCGGCCUGACUCAUGCCAUUGCCAUUGACGCUCGCAUCGACUCUAGUCGCCCCCUGACACUGGCCGAAUGGAUUCAUCCCGCCAUCGCUGCCAAUCGCCUGGCCGACUCGUCUAGUGCCACUGCCCAUGCGGCUUGCGCUGCUGCACGCUUGCAUGGAUCAUAUGAAUGUGGUCUCUUGCCCGAGCUGCCUGCCCUCUGCAGCAUUGGCAGAGUCGACGCCGAACACCAAGUGGCUUGUUUUGCCGGCGCCCUCCUCGCCAUUGACACGGCCACGUGCCUCUUUCUCGAACAACCUACCUUUGCCGGCAUUUUGCCGCUCAAGACGCCCAUGUCUUCGCCCCUUGCCCGUCUCGGAGAAGCACUGCUCCGCUCGUCCUAUGAUCGCGACCAAGUGUCAACCUUGACCGGGACCAAGUGUCAACCUUCAUGGCUCGCGGCGUCGACGCGCACUUCUUUUCCCAAUUGCUGCGCGCCUUCAACCCCAUCUUUGGCUCCUGUCGCCGCCAAUUUCAAGGUUGACAAGCCUACGGCGCCCCGGUUUACGCCCGAGCGUGUGUCCGAGGACUUGUUUAUCUAG